AUGUCUGAAGUUAGAAAACAGAAGUGCCCUGUUUGCGGUUACGAGAUGACAUUACCAUUCGAAAACAGAUGCCCAAUUUGCAUUAAGUAUGAUGACAACGUUCAACUUCCAGUUAAUGUCGAAGCACUCCUUUCUGUCAAGCCACUCGAGAAAAAGCCAGAAAAGAAGGGCAAGUAA